GCUCCCCGCCGCCGCCGGGCCCCGGGCUCCCGGCCCCGCACCGGCGCCGCGAUGGACCCCUGCUCCUCGCUCUUCAGCUACGUGUUAAUGCACUUGUUCGUCCUCUGCCUGCAAGCCCAGGUAACUGUUCAGUCCCCACCUAAUUUUACACAGCAUGUGAGGGAGCAGAGCCUGGUGACGGAUCAGCUCAGCCGGCGGCUCGUCCGUACCUACCAGCUGUACAGCCGGACCAGCGGGAAACAUGUGCAGAUCUUGGACAACAAGAAAAUCAAUGCGAUGGCAGAGGAUGGGGAUGUGCACGCCAAGCUCAUCGUGGAGACGGACACCUUCGGGAGCCGCGUGCGCAUCAAGGGGGCAGCCACAGGUUUCUACAUCUGCAUGAACAAGAAGGGAAAGCUGAUCGGCAAGAGCAAUGGCAAAGGCAAGGACUGCGUCUUCACGGAGAUCGUCCUGGAGAACAACUACACAGCGCUGCAGAACGCCAAGUACGAGGGCUGGUACAUGGCCUUCACCCGCAAGGGCCGCCCGCGCAAGGGCUCCAAGACCCGGCAGCACCAACGGGAGGUACAUUUCAUGAAGAGGCUUCCCAAGGGCCACCAGACCACCGAGCCCCACAGACGCUUUGAGUUCCUCAACUACCCCUUCAACCGGAGAAGUAAAAGGACUAGAAACUCUAGCUCCAGGGUGGGCCCUUGAUGUGCCUGCCUCUGCCCGCCCUGCCUGCACCUCUCCUGGAGGACUCUCCUCUGAGCUUGGUGGACUAUAUGUAGAGAC